GGUGUUUGGAUUCGAACGCGCGGGGCGGCGGCGCAGGCGCGGUGCGCGGAGCGCGGCGCUGCCCCCCAGCGGCGGGGCGCGGCAUGGCGGGCGAGGACGCGGCCGGGGCCGAGCCGGGUCCCGCGGGGGCCGCGGCCGCCGCCCCCUCCCCGCCGGGCGAGGACGGCGAGACCCGGCAACGCUACGAGGAGCUCUGCAGGAGCCUCAAUAUGGACGAGCGCGCCCGCGCCGAGGCCUGGCUGAGCUACCAGAGCAUGAGGCGCAACUACACCCUGGAGGGAAAUGACAUGCAUUGGCUGGCUUGUGCCUUGUACGUGGCUUGCAGGAAAGCAAUUCCAACUGUGAGCAGAGGAACAGCAGAAGGAAAUUACGUAUCCUUAACCAGAAUCCUGCGCUGUUCAGACCAGAGCUUGAUCGAGUUUUUUAACAAGAUGAAGAAGUGGGAAGACAUGGCAAAUCUCCCAUCCCAGUUCAGAGAGCGAACCGAGAGAUUAGAGAGGAACUUCACCGUUUCUGCAGUCAUUUUUAAGAAGUAUGAGCCCAUUUUUCAGGACAUUUUCAGGUAUCCUCAAGAAGAUCAACCUCGUCAACAGAGAGGAAGAAAACAGAGACGACAACCAUGUACUGUGACCGAAGUUUUCCAGUUUUGUUGGGUGCUGUUUGUUCAUGCAAAAGGAAAUUUUCCUAUGAUCAGUGAUGACUUGGUCAAUUCCUACCAUCUCUUGUUAUGUGCUUUGGAUCUCGUGUAUGGAAAUGCUCUGCAGUGUCCUAACCGUAAAGAGCUCCUGAAUCCUCAUUUUAAGGGUCUACCUGAAGACUUCCAUAGUAAGGAUUAUAAAGUGUCAUCUGAUCCUCCCUGCAUCAUUGAAAAACUGUGUUCUUUACAUUAUGGAUUAGUUUUAGAAGCAAAAGGUAUAAAGGAACAUUUUUGGAAGCCUUAUAUUCGGAAGCUUUUUGACAAAAAGCUUUUGAAAGGAAAGGAUGAAAAUCUGACGGGAUUUCUGGAUCCUGGGAACUUUGGAGAUAGCGUCAAAGCCAUCAACAAGGCCUAUGAGGAGUACGUGCUGUCAGUGGGGAAUCUCGAUGAGAGAAUAUUCCUGGGCGAGGAUGCGGAUGAGGAAAUUGGAACCCUCACGAGGUGCUUAAACACACCUUCAGCAAUGGAAACAGCUGAAAGGGUACAAGUGAAGCAUAAUUUGCAGCAGCAUUUUGACAGGUCCAAAUCACUCGGGAUCAUAACCCCCCUUACUUGCCACAAGUAUAUUAAAGAGAGCAACCCCUACGUGACACCUGUUUCCAUAGCAACCUACAGCCUGAGCCGCCUGCACACGAUGCUGGCAGGGCUGAAAAAUGCCCCCAGUGAAAAUCUGGAGCAAAUACUCAGGUCAUGCUCCAGAGAUCCUUCUCAAUCCAUUGCAAACAGAGUAAAAGAAAUGCAUGAAGUGUAUUGUCAGAGCACUCAGUCUGAAGGAGAAUUCAGUAAUUUUUCCAAAGAUGUUGCUAGUAAACAUUUUCGUCGUGCUGAGAUGCUCUACUACAAGGUCUUGGAGUCAGUCAUUGAGGAAGAGAGGAAGAGACUGAGAGACACUGACUUAUCUGCAAUACUGGAGCAAGAUGUGUUUCACAGGUCUCUGCUGGCGUGUUGCCUGGAGAUCGUUACCUUUACCUACAACCCACCUGGAAACUUCCCACUUGUCACUGAAAUAUUUGACAUUCCAGUUUAUCAUUUUUACAAGGUAAUUGAGGUUUUCAUUAGAGCAGAGGACGGCCUUUGUCGGGAAGUGGUGAAGCACCUGAACCACAUUGAGGAACAGAUCCUGGAAAGUAUGGCAUGGAAACGGGAAUCCGUGCUGUGGGACAGGAUCAGAGAAAAUGAAAACAAAGUUCCUACUUGUGAGGAGGUAAUGCCACCUCAGCACUUGGAGAGAUCUGCUGGGAGCAGUGCUGUGGGUUCCCCAUUGACGCCACGGCGGAUAAACGAGGUUCGUGCUGAAAGUGGAGGACUGGCAAAAGGGCUGUCCUCCCCUCCGGCCACGCUGUACGACAGGUUCAGCUCUCCCGCGGCCAACCCCACGCGGCGGCGCCUCUUUGCCGACAGCGACGGUGCCGAGGCGGGCGCGGCGCUCAGGGUGCCCCCGGCGCCCGUGGUGGCCCCGGUGCCUGUGCAGAGCCCCGAGGCCGUGUCCGUGACCCCCGUGCCCGGCCAGACCCUGGUGACGAUGGCAACGGCCACCGUGACGGCCAACAACGGGCAGACGGUGACAAUACCCGUGCAAGGUAUUGCCAAUGAAAAUGGAGGGAUAACUUUCUUCCCGGUCCAGGUAAACGUGGGUGCCCAGCCCCAGGCUGUGUCUGGGCCCAUGCAGCCUCUGAGUGCCCAGGCUCUGGCUGGCCCCCUGAACCCUCCCAUGGCUGGGGCAGCGCUGCAGUUGCCAGGCCAGUUAACAGUGCAGCAGAUCUCCCCUGGAGAGCAGAGACACACCCAGCCCUUCAGUGCCACGGCCGCCAGGCCUCGCAAGAUGGGCUCCCUUGCACUCUUCUUCAGAAAGGUGUAUCACCUGGCCAGCGUUCGUCUGAGGGACCUCUGUGCCAAACUCGAUGUGUCUGAUGAGCUGCGCAAAAAGAUCUGGACAUGCUUCGAGUAUUCCUUAGUGCACUGCCCUGAAAUCAUGAUGGACAGACACCUGGAUCAGCUGCUGAUGUGUGCCAUCUAUGUCAUGACUAAGGUUACUAAGGAAGACAGAUCAUUCCAGAAUAUCAUGCGCUGCUACCGGACACAGCCGCAAGCCAAGAGUCACGUCUAUCGCAGUGUCCUCAUCAAGGGCCGCCGCCGCCGCCGCUCGGGCAGCAGUGACAGCAGCAGCCAGCAGAACUCACCCACAGACAGGAGCAAGGACAGGGGCAAAGAAAAAAAAGGCGACUGCCAUUCCUCAGUGCCCGCAGGCAGCCGUGACUCGAGCCCGGUGAUGCGCUCCAGCAGCACCCUGCCCGUGCCCCAGCCCUCCAGCGCGCCCCCCACGCCCACGCGCCUCGGCGGCCCCGGCAGCGACAGCGACGAGGAGGAGCGCGGGGACCUCAUCCAGUUCUACAACAACGUCUACAUCGAGCAGAUCAAGGACUUCGCCCUCAAGUACACUUCCAAUGCCACGGAGUCACCCCCGCUGUCGCCGUACCCGUUUGUGCGCCUCGGCUCCCCGCGCAGAGUGCAGCUCUCCCAGCACCACCCCCUGUACAUCUCCCCACACAGAAACGAGGCUGCCCUCUCUCCCCAAGAGAAAAUAUUCUACUACUUCAGCAGCAGCCCCUCGAAGAGGCUAAAGGAAAUCAACAGCAUGGUUCGAACUGGAGAAACGCCCACAAAGAAGAGAGGCAUCCUCUUGGAAGAUGGAACCGAAGCCCCGGCCAAGCGCAUCUGCCAGGAGAACCACACGGCUCUGCUCCGACGGCUGCAGGACGUGGCCAACGACCGAGGCUCUCACUGAGCCUGCCCAGCCUGCGCGGGGACAGGGACACAACCACAGGCCCUGCUUAAGCUCUUCGCAAGGCAAGUGAGCCCUCUCCAGCCUUGCCUGGAGAGCACACCCCUAACACAGCUGUGGACCUUGCAGCAGGUAUUCACAGCUUUGCUUGGCUCUAGUCAGUGCUCACCCUUGUCAGCUGUGGCCAGCCAGGGCCAGGUGCCUCCACACGGAGCCCUGCCCCGAAGCAGUGUCAGGAUUCCUCACUAAGCCCCUCACAGACUAACAGCGUAGGAGUCACAGUCUCACACAGUCCUGUUCUGCUUGCAGAGGGACAAGGGAGUGUUUUGAGCCUUGAAGGAUGGAUGGGCUCUGUCCCUAUUCAGGAUGUAACACGUGCCCUUGAGAAGCAGCACAGUGUUGAGCUUUAAUGCGUGGCCCUUUGCUGUACCAAGGGAGAUAAUGCUGUUGAUUGGUUUGAGCUGUGCAAUGUUUGACAGUGAACACCUGUUCCCAAGGUGACACUGGGGAUGGGGCUGUGAAGCAUCAUGUUUAGGGCAGAUGAAUUUUGCUGUAUAUUUGCAAUGGCACUUUCUAAAUGUGAAUAUUUUUUGCAAAGGCUGACUUCAGCUGUCUUUCUUGACUUUUGUAUUUAUUUCAAUCUGAUAUCCCCUUGCUCCUCUUGUCAGCAAAUGGCAUUAAGAAUUCAUUGUACUCGAUGUAUAUGCAGCAAUGAAUGCAGGAAGCCAGGGAUGUGUGCUUUUUCCAAGGAAUUUUAUAUGCUUGUUGCUUUUCUUGAUAGUCAGGCACUGUAGCCCUUGCUCAGGCAGCAGCAGGAAGGUAGUGCCCAUCUCCUAAAACAUAUACUUAGAUAUUUUGUUUGUGUUUAAAGGACUGGGCUUGGGAGUUAGGCUCUGAGUUUUGCUUUGGUUUUUGUAAAAGGCCUAAACCAGGCUGGCUGGGAGAAAUCCCUCCCCUGCUCCCAGGAUCAGCAGGUGGUGUGCAUUGCACUUACCACUUGUUUUCAGUUAAAACAGGUCCAAAAUACCAGACGUGUUAGGAAAGCAUCAGCACUCUCCCACAGUACAGGAUGCCAGUCCUGUGCUGGGGAGGGGGUGUUCCUCAUGUAAAGUGUGGCACACUCAGGUUCCAGAAGGCUUUCUGAGGAAGCAAAAGCUAAAAGCUUGUUUUCAGUCAUUCCUGCCCUUCUGGAAUGGAAAUAGGAAAAUUUAAGACUUAAUUCCACUAUAAAUCCAACUAAAUUAAAAUAAAAACAUGUUUUUUCUUACCUGCAUAACAAAAAGCUGAAGUCCAGAAGUUGUGUAGAUGUUUCUGUACAAAUAUUUAUGGAAGUGUCAGACAAUUCUUGUUGUUACUAUAUUCCAUUUACUUCACUUUGUAUGGAAAUACUGCAAUUGUAUUUUUCAAUAAAGACUUUAUGAGCUCA